AUGACACUGUUCGUAAACAUUUUAGGGGUCUUCAUUCCCCUCACAGUCCUGGUUGCAUUGAAUGUUUCUGUCUAUACCAACAUUAAAUGGAGAUCCAAGGGUAUCGUAGGGCAGAGUCCUGCGGACGGACUAUCUACUCGAGCCACCAAGCGAGCUAACGAAGGAGAAUCCCCACGCCAAGACAAGUGCAAUUCCUCAGCAGGGUCAUGUCUUGAGGAACAAGGCACUCUGGCCGAUUCAUCCAACACUUCUGCAAAUGCUGACAAACAGCUUACCGAGGCACUACCGAACGAAAAUGUAUCCAACAAUGCCCCACAAGCCAACGGGUCGGGCUUAAAGGAACGUACAUUUGCCAGACACAGGAAAUCCGCUGUGGUCCUUGGCAUCCUUGUGGGUUGUUUCCUGGUCUGCUUGCUGCCUGUCCAAGUGGCCAGUGUCAUAUUUGCAAUAUGUCGCUACGAAUGCGUUUCCUUUCUUACUUGGGACGUCACAAAUUCGCUCGUGUGGGGUAACUCUAUGAUAAAUCCCUUCAUCUACGCUGCCACCAACAAACACUUUCGUCGGAAUUUUCGACGUUAUCUGCUCCUUGAUCGUUGGGCUUGUGCCAGGAAGCAACGUGGUCCAUGA